CCCUUUAAAAUCCCUUCUCCCCCCAUUCUCGCCCUCAUCUCAUCAAUCGAGAUACAUGGAUUCAGUGCGUCCCGAUCUAUGCAACGCCCCCACCUCCCUCUCUUCCUUGUUGGAGAGCAUCUCUAGUUCUCUGCUUUUCAAGGCUACGCACGAUUGCAGGGUCUUUCUACUCUUUUAUUAGACUCGAUAUAUAAGGGAGAAAAGGGUGAGAUAGAGAUAAAGAGAGAGAGAGAGAGAUUUGGAGAAGAGAAGCAUACAAAAAGAGAGAAGAGGGGAGCAGAAGCAAUAAAAGAAGAUGGGGUUUUGGACAUUAUUCUCGGUGGCAACAAUGCCUGUUUUGCAAGUGCUCAUCAUCAGUGGUCUUGGUGCUUUUCUGGCUUCUGGUUAUUGCAAUCUACUGGUCGCUGAUGCGAGGAAGCACAUGAACAAGAUUGUGUUCAUCGUGUUCACUCCAGCGCUCAUGUUCGCGAGUCUGGCGAAGUCCGUUACUCUGGAAGACAUCAUCUCUUGGUGGUUUAUGCCCAUUAACAUCGGCCUAACCUUCUUAUUUGGAGGAAUCCUGGGAUGGAUAGUUGUGAAGAUAUUGAAACCCGCACCCUAUCUUGAAGGGCUGGUCAUUGCUACUUGCUCAGCAGGAAACUUGGGAAAUCUGAUGUUGAUUGUGGUCCCCGCAAUUUGUAAAGAGAACGGUAGUCCAUUCGGGGACAGUAGUAUUUGCAGUGUCAAUGCAUACUCUUAUGCUUCUUUCUCAAUGGCACUUGGAGGCUUCUACAUCUGGACAUACACUUACCAUCUUAUACGAAGUGCGGGCGAAGUGUAUGAUGAAAUCAGAUCGAUUGAGGACUCUCGGAAGAUACCAAACAAGGAAUCUGAUGCUAGUGGGGAAACCCGCCUUCUUGUGGGAGAAGAUGAAGAGCCUCCUUCGCCAAUGCCUCGGAUUUUGUCAUCAAUGAAGUUGAUGGGUGAAGAUGAAGAGCCUCGUUCGCCAUUGCCUCGGAUUUUGUCAUCAAUGAAGUCCAUUGAUGAAUCUACAGAAAACCAACCUAUUCUACAAAUAUUAUCGAGCCAUAGGCUCAUGAGCAACAAGAAGGUGCAAUUCUGGGGAAGAGUGCAAGUAUUUCUUCACCAGAUCAUUGAAGAGUUACUAGCACCUCCAACUGUUUCUGCGAUCCUCGGUUUCAUUUUCGGUGCGACGCCAUGGCUGAAAUCUCUCCUCAUCGGUACAAAUGCCCCACUCCGCGUGAUCCAAGACUCGAUCAAAUUAUUAGGGGAUGGCACAAUUCCAUGCAUCACUCUUAUACUAGGAGGAAAUCUCACCAAGGGUUUACGUUCGGGGAAAUUAAGGCCUUUGAUAAUUAUUUUGGUUAUUAUUGUGCGCUAUGCGAUCCUUCCCAUAAUUGGAGUUGGCAUUGUUAGAGGAGCCAGCAAACUUGGUUUCCUAUCAAAAGACCCAUUGUAUCAAUACGUUCUGAUGGUCCAAUAUACGCUCCCACCCGCUAUGAAUAUUGGUACGAUGUCCCAACUCUUUGAUGUGGGCCAAGAGGAAUGCUCCGUCCUCUAUCUGUGGACGUACUUGAUUGCUGCACUCGCAGUCACUUCGUGGUCCACAUUCUUCUUGUGGCUCCUAUCUUGAGCUGCUUGCCGAUCGUGGAGGAGAGAUUCCAUUCGAACUGAGCACAUUCAUAUAGAUUGGUAUAUUUAUUGGGUUUUCUUUUUAUUGAUUGUAAAUGGAAGUAUGAGAGUUUCCUGGCUGGCUGUGUUCGCAUCCAUAGAGAUGAAAACAUAUGUUAUUUUGUUAUUUGUUGUCCCGCUCAUCUUAUUCAUAUGGUUUCAUUUUUCAA